CCACAUCAUCAAAAAAAAUAUUAAAAAUGCCACGGAAGCAGAGUUAACGGUCCAAUUUAACAGAAGGACUAACGGAGUGCAUUUCGUAUAGUUGAUGGAUCAAAAAAGUGCAAAAAAUUCUCAAGGGACCAAAAAUGUGCAAACCACUAAAGUUGAGGGACCAAAAUGAGCAUUUAACCAUGGAUAAAAAAUGUGCACAAAAAUGACAAAAUACUUUAGGGACCAAAAAUAUGCAAAUUGAUAAAGUUGAGGGACCAAAAUGAGCAAAAAUAAAUAAAUAAAUAAAUAAAAGGAGUAACGGAGCAAUUUUGUACCGCGGCCGCAACAGUCAGUCGGUUUCGCUGAUUCCUUCCGUUCUCUCAAUCUUUCCCUCACCGCGCCUCAGCUCGUCUGCCAGCAGCGUCGUCGCUCGACUCUUCUAUUCGCGUCGUCUGUCAGCUCCGUGUACUGCGGUAGCUCUCAAUUCUCAUUGCCUUCUUCGAACUUGGAAUGCUCUCAGUCAAGUCUUAAAAGGUAUCGACCUUGAAGAGCAGGGAAGAGGAAGUAGGGGAAGGAGAAAGAUUAUCUACCACGAUUGUAGAUGGUAGAAGUUUGGUGGUCACUGUUGGGAGCUGCCAUCCCAGCAGUUAUUGCAGGGCAAGCUUUUAGAAUGAAGAAGCGGCAUGCUGAGGAGCAGAGACUCAAGAGUGCUAGGGGAAGCGAGAAGAAUUCAGAUGAUAUUUUUGUGUGUGAGAGAGUUUGCACGUCAAAGAGAAUGCUGAAAAAGGUUGGAUCAUUUUCAAAGGAUCCAAUUCCUGAUACUUGUGUCACUGUCUGUGGCAUAUCUGAGCUGGAUGCCUGCUCUGCUGCUUGUGUUAGUACUGUUUGCGUUAAUCAGCAUCAAGUACCCAACUGGAAUGACAUUUGCCUUCGGAGAUGUCAGAGUGAAUGUCUUAAACUCUCAGCUUCUAGUACUUCUUAGAUCUUAGUGCAUUUUAUUUCACCUAGACUUUAAACAAUUGACAUUUGUAAAACAUGCUCUUUAGUCAUAGUGAAUGUCCAUCUAUUGAUGUUUACAGUGUUAAGUGGAACAUUUUGCCUUGUUUUCCAAAUGGAUUUUUGACUGGUAAAGCUUACAAUUCAUUUGGAUUUCUUGUGUUGAAACCAUUAACCUUCUUUAGCAAUUCAACAACCUUAUAUGCUUUACAUUUUGAAUCAAAGUUUUAUCAGUCC